AUGGGAAGUUUCUUUUCGCAUCCUUCCGGUGUGGAAGUGAUUAAAAAGAACCAGGAAUACAUUUCCGAGAUGAACAAAAUAAAGAUGGAGCGCUGGAUUCAAAUGCACUAUCAGAUGAAGGAACGCGAAACAGCGAUGGAAAUAUCGAAGGCACGCGAAAUGUUCUACUGGCUGGCUUCGUUCUACGUUGUGUCGACCGUCGGGAUGGUUGGGCGCUUUCGCACGACGAAGCGUCCGGGAACGCUGGCACCAAUUGUUCCGCUUUCGUUUGUCGUCGCAUACUACGCCGAUCUGGCGUACGGUACUAAAAUUCACCGAAUACAAGCGGAAGCCGAAAUGAUUAUGCACAACGAACCGGAGCUGCUCGAGUGGCCGAGCGGGCUUCCGACGGUAUCGGAAAUCGAUUCCGCAAGGUUGGAAAUUGACGAUAAAAUACGACUACAUCCUCACCAGCUGUAA